UUUUUUGAAAAGAAAAAUAUUUUAAAGUUAAUGUGAUUGAAUUGGAAUAAUGCAAAUAUGUGUUACUAGUCAGAUUAAUUGAUUUUCUCCGGUGGGCAUUCACAUUUUAUCUAAUUUAUACCAAUAUCCGUAAGAUGUGUGUCAUGUGUUUUUGAUUGUUUUUAGUUAUUUAAAACCACCUAGUUGAUUUUUUUUUGCUAAACGCACUUAUUUGAAUCAUAGAAUGGGAUACAUCGAAUAUACAUAGUUGGACAUAUAUGAUAGAUAUGUCGUAUUUAUAUGCAUAGUGAAUUAACGUCAGUAUUUAGAACUUACAAGUUAAUGCAUUGUUGACGACCAAAACAAGGGUUAUAACAUAAUGUUAUUGUAAAUAAUUAGGGUGUGUGAUUAUCCAAAUGCACACACCUCUCUCGACUACUGUAGUUUAAAAAGAGCGCGUCUUUUGGAAGCGACCAAAAGCCGAUCCGAUUAACGUUUAUUUUACCCCACCCCCCAAAAUGAUUAAUGUAUAUUUGUCAUUUUACGAAUUUUUUUAAUUUAAUAGAAAUAACUAUUUGAAAUUUCGUCUUGCUCAACCAACACAUUUUGAAAAUCUUGUUCUAUCUUAUCUCUUUUGUUAUUCUUCUCUUCAUGGAUUGACGAGUAACGACCAAAACAAAAUAAAAAAAUAAAACAACUUCAUGGGUUGUUUUUUAUUCUUUAACAGGUUUCAAAAAUAAAAUAAAAAAUAGUCUGAAUAUGUUAAGAUCAAGAAAGAAAUUUCAGAUAUUUGAGCUGAAAAUGUGAAAACGAUUUUUAUUUUGAAAAAAUCGAUACAAAAAAAAAUAUCAUUUUCUUUUACAUUUCAUGGAAUUUCAUACAGCUGGCGAACAAUUUUCUGAUAGCUACAUAUAAUAUAUAGAUAGAUAUGUUAGAUGUAUGUAACAUUUGCACCAGUCAUUCAAAUAAUGAUCUGGUAACUUAAAUAUUCACCGGGUUUUACAAAUAAACAAAAAUUGAUCGUGUGAUCAAUAUAUCUCUUAUUUGUCUUUUGUUAUAUUUUUAAUUUUAAAUGGUCUUUUUGUUAUUUUCAUAUUAGAAUUUGUCAAUACCAAAGAGGCAAAAUCCAUAUCAAACUAUUACUGGGUGAAAUAAUUCCCAUUAAGAAAAAAAAAACUCUGUUCUUUCUGUUAAAGAAGUUUGAAGUCAUUUCUAGAAGAAAACACCAAUGAGAAGUUCUUCUCGGGUAGCAAUCAAUGAUGAAUUCUCAAAAGUCAAGACAACUUUGAAGCAAAGAUAAAUGAAAAGAGAAAAAUAAAACUAUAUUCUGUGUGUGUUUUUUUUUUCUUGAUUUCACAGUGGGGAUGAAUCUAAAGUUUGUUGAUAUAAAUACAAAGAAGACGAAGCGAGAAACUAAAACAAAAAAUAUCUAUAAAAACAAGAAGAAAAAAUCAUGAUGAUAAAAAGGAUAGAGCUGUGUAUAGAGCUUACGAAGAUGGGAAUGGAGUUCGUCGCAGUGGUGGCUGAAGCCGUCCAGAUUGUCUGGCGGCAACACCUCAACCAUCGUACUGCUCUGCCUCCUCUUCCUCUCCUCCGCCAAGGCAUCUCCCCUUCUUAUCAUGCUCCAUAUCUCUUUGGAUUUCUCCCUUGAAAACCCUUUUCUCUUCUUUUUAUAAUAUCAUUUGCUUCUUUCUCUUACUAUCUUUCUUGUAGGCUUUUAGAUGUAGUUUUGUUGAUUUUUGUAACUAUAUGUAUAUUGCCAUUUUUCAUUAAGAUUUGCAGUUUUCUGUCGAGUA